UGUCACCUGGGGCAGCCGGCGAGGCGGGAGGGACAGGUGUUGAUCCCGCUGUCGGAUCAGUGCCGGGAAAGUGACUGGUGGAGGAUGAGGUGGAGGCAGAUCUCAGGUCAGUGCUCUGAGAGGGAAACUGAUCUCAAAACCACAAGACAGGAGGCUGCGGAGACACCUGGAGCAGUGGGAGCGGUCAGGUGGAGGAAAAUCUGUCAAAGUGCAAGACGGGGGAGCCGCACAGCAGAGAGAGGAGUUCGUUUUUCCCCAGAAGAGUUUUCUAAAAGCAGGGAGAGAAAGUCCGGACUUCACGGAGCCGGAGAAGAAACGCCACAGCUUUUUAAAGUGUCGUGGCGUUUGAGGGGUUCAUACAGAGUGGAAGUGGAAAAAACCAACCAGCGGCCUCCAAACAGGACAGGACAAUCAUGAUGUCGCCAGACGACCGAGCCCUGGAGGACCUGUUGUACGGCAGCGACCUUGGUGACGAGGCGGAGGGGUCGGGGCUGGGCGGUGGCGUUGGCGGUGGCGGCGGCGGCGGGCCGGCGGGGGUGGAGGAAAGUGCUGCUGCAGACGACGCUCUGACAGCCGUGUCCAUCCAGGGGCCAAUGAUAUGCGCCGGUUGCGGCGAGCUGGUGUGCGACCGCUUCUUCCUAUUGGCUGCAGGCAGGGUGUGGCACGGCGCCUGCCUCCGCUGCAGCCAGUGUCAGUGUGAGCUGCAGACGCACCCCUCACUCUACUGGAGAGACGGAAACAUCUACUGCCAGCAGGACUACUGCAGGUUGUUUGGAGGGGGUCAGUGCGCUCGCUGCCUCCAGCCGAUCCCAGCUUCUGCUCUGGUCAUGAGAUCCGGUGAGCUGACCUACCACCCCCAAUGCUUCUCCUGCCAGGAGUGUGAGAUGAAACUAACGCCUGGGAACCUGUACUGCAUGCAGGGCCAGAACCUCUACUGUCAAUCGCACUAUCACGAUGACGGGAGUGUGCCACUAUCCCACGAUCCUCAGCCCAAACCGAACCUGAAAGAAGCUCCAAACCAGGUCUCGGGUGAAGGGGAGGAGUCUGUCAGCAGUUCAGAGCCACGACUGGACGACCGGGUGACAGGGGGGCGGACCCGCAGGCGGACGAAGCGAAUCAGGACGUGUUUCCGCAGCGAGCAGCUCAGAGCGUUGGAGUCGUAUUUUGCCCAGAAACACAACCCUGACGGUAAAGACUGGACCUGCCUCGCACAUAAGACCGGCCUGCCCAAGAGAGUCCUGCAGGUGUGGUUUCAAAAUGCUCGGGCCAAACUGAGGCGGUCCCUCAGCGCAGACGACUCCCAGGUCGACUUGCCCUCUGCUGCCCUGAGAGACGUCACCUUGGCGACCAGCUCCCCGGCGCCGCCCCGCUCCCCACCCGACCAAUCGCAGCCCUUCUCCACCAGCACCAUCGACCAGCUGCAGCUGUCCCUGCUCACCGCCCCGCUCGGCGACCCCCCGGUGACCCCAGCCAUCGACCGGCCUCACCAGCUGCAAAACCCCGCCUUCUUCCUGGACUGCGAUUCCCAGAGUGCAACAGGGUGUAUCUCCUCUCUGGAGGCCUACGAGGACUUUGGGGAGUCAGGAGGAGGUGCAGAAUCCGAAGCUGAUCCCGAUGGUUCUUUCAGACCACAUUACUGCUAGUCAAUGGACCUUUACACUGCUUCAACACUGUGAAUUCAAGAAACAAAAAAAAAAUUGCUUUUCAAAGUUAGAGACGAGUUAAAGUUAAGCCCCUUAAGAUUUCAGCUGAACUCCUUUAAUUUGAAGCAACUGUGUAACUGGUUUUAAUGUUGUGGCUGAUCGGUGUAUCAUCACAAUACACAGCCGUGUGUUGUCCACAUGCAAUUAUUGAACAAUCGCUGAGCCCUGAAAAUGAAGACGUCACUCUGGGAACAUGCUGUAAGAAUUUGUCACCAUGUCUGGCAUUUUAUAGGCUGAAUGAUUAAACCACUUAUUUAAAAAAGUAUUGAUAGAUUAAUCAAUAAUAAAACAAAUCACUAGCUGCAGUACUAGGUAGUCACUGUUUUGCCUCUAGAAAACGACUUUACAUCGGUUUUUGAUGUUUUUGUCACUGGACAUUACCACGGUUUCUUCAUGAGCAUCAGAUUUAGUCAACAUUUUAACUGUGAUUGAAUUUUAUAAUAAACUCACAAACGUGUGACAAUGUGGAAGCAAUGUCUCUCUAGUUCGACCAAAAAAAAAAAUCUUCACUCAAGUUCCACUUACUGGCUUUUUUUGAGCUUUCAACCACUUUGCAUGACCUGAGAGCGGAACAUACUUGCUCUAUGCAGCGACCUGUUGUCAUGUGACCGAAUCUCAAAACUUACUGUAGGUCCCAUGACGACAGUUGCACAAACUCCACUUGCCAAACAAUUGUUUCCGAAGGUCAAGAAUGAACUUUCACGCUCAAUACUUCUCUGAUUUUGCGCAAUGUGUUUUGUAGGUUUAAGUGUUUUUUUCCACCAACAGCAAACACUUAGUAAGUACAGGUUCAAACGGUCGUGUUUCACCACGGCUACGUUCAUCAGAUGUGUCAAGUUCUUCUCUGCUGCCUGUAUGAUAGAG